AUGAGCCACGACUAUGAAGCCGUCCGCAAGGACAUCAUCGCUCAGUUGAAAAAGCCCGAUUAUGACGAUGGCAGCGCAGGGCCAGUAUUCGUACGCUUAGCGUGGCACUCCGCCGGCACAUACGACGCCGAGUCAGAUACUGGCGGCUCCAAUGGCGCGGGUAUGCGUUACGAAGCAGAGGGAGGCGACCCUGCCAACGCGGGUCUGCAGCAUGGGCGAGCAUUUCUAGAACCGGUCAAAGAGAAGCAUCCUUGGAUCACCUACUCGGAUCUGUGGACAUUGGCCGGAGUAGUAGCUAUCAAGGAGAUGGGCGGACCUGAGAUCGAAUGGCAGGGCGGACGAACAGAUCUGGUAGGCGACAGCAAGGUGCCGCCACGCGGACGGUUGCCGGAUGGCGCACAGGGCGCCGAUCAUUUGCGCUUCAUCUUUUACCGCAUGGGUUUCAACGACCAAGAGAUCGUAGCGCUGACAGGCGGUCACAACCUUGGGCGGUGCCACGGUGACCGCAGUGGAUUUGAAGGGCCGUGGGUAACGAACCCGACGCGAUUCUCGAACUCAUUCUUCAAGCUGUUGCUUCAGCUUGACUGGAAGCCUCGCAAGAUGGCGACUGGUAUGACGCAGUUUGUGUAUGAGGAUCCUGAUGCCGACGAGGAUGAGGAGCCGUUAAUGAUGCUACCGACUGAUAUGGCGCUCUUGACGGAUCCAUCCUUUGCCCCGUGGGUGAAGCGGUAUGCUGAGGAUAAGGACCUGUUCUUUGAUCACUUUGCAAAGGUCUUUGCAAAGCUGUGUGAGCUCGGUAUCCGACGUGAUGCUCAGGGCACUGUUACCAACACUGAUGGUACUCUUGGUGGUUAUAUCUCGGCACCAAAGAAGAGCAACACUGCCACUGGACCACCCAGAUCCCGUCUGUAG